GGCCCCGCCCAGCAGCGCCGGCCGUGACAGGCGCCGCCGCCUUCGUCCCCGAACCGGAGCAGCAGUCACCGUUGCUGUCUCCGACUCGGUUCAGCCGGUCCCACCGCCGCCACCAUGCCCCGGGGGAGCCGCAGCAUGGGCGCCCGGGCAGCCAGCCGCAGCGCCGCGCCCCCUGCCCACCCGCCCGCGCACCCGCCGCCCUCGGCCGUGGCCCCGGCCCCCGCCCCGUCGGGCCAGCCCGGCCUGAUGGCGCAGAUGGCGACCACGGCCGCCGGAGUGGCCGUGGGCUCGGCUGUGGGACACGUCAUGGGCAGCGCCCUGACCGGAGCCUUGAGCGGGGGGAGCUCAGAGCCCGCCCAGGCUGCUGCCCAGCAGGCCCCGGCCCGCGCUGCCACGCAGCCCCAGCAGAUGGGGCCCUGCGCCUAUGAGAUCAGGCAGUUCCUGGACUGCUCCACCACUCAGAGCGACCUGACCCUGUGUGAGGGCUUCAGCGAGGCCCUGAAGCAGUGCAAGUACAACCACGGUCUGAUCUCCCUGCCCUGAAGAGACCGGUGCAGAUUCACGGGCCAGCCCUGCAGCCACUUUCACACCUUCACCGACAGCAAGACCAUGACAUCAGAUUGUACCCACGUAGCUGAGACUGGGAGUGAGGAGAGGGUUUCUCACCCCACAGAUGAUCCAAGACGAAAAUGUGCAAUUAAUAGUUUAUGUUAGAUCCGA